GAAAGGGAAAAGGGUGAACUCGUACACUUGCAAUGGCUCUUCCUUUAUUCUAGAACUUGGAUCCGAGUACCCACGACCGACACCGACCACCGCCUACCCAAUCCUCAAUCCUCAAUCCUCAGUCCUCGUGUCUCGAAUUUGAUAGGAAACAAGGCAAGUGUUUCACUUCGGACCAGACUGACCAGGUUCAAGUCUUCCAAAUUCGGAACUAAUCCGAGACUCUCCGAUAAAAUGGAUCUUAGAGCAUCGAUCGCGAACCAGACCGACGUCGGUUUGGGGAUCACGAAGAAGCUGCUUCAGACCGAAGGCAAGGACAAGAACGUGGUCUACUCGCCGCUGUCCAUCCACGUGGUGCUGAGCCUGAUCGCCGCUGGCUCCAAGGGUCCCACACAGGAGCAGCUUCUCUCUUUCCUCAAGUCCACCGUUGCCGGCGACCUCAACUCCUUCGCCUCCGAGCUCGUCGCCGUGAUCUUCGCCGACGGGUCACCCACGGGCGGUCCGCGGUUGUCGUUUGCCAAUGGCAUUUGGGUGGACAAGCCUCUGCCUUUCAAGCCUCCGUUCAAGGAGGUGGUGAACACUGCUUACAAGGCCGCUCUGAAGCAAGUCGAUUUCCAGACCAAAGCUGCUGAAGUGGCUGCUGGAGUGAAUUUGUGGGCUGAGAAGGAGACUAGUGGCCUUAUUAAAGAGGUUCUUCCUGUUGGGUCGAUUGACAGCUCAACCAGGCUCAUCUUUGCAAAUGCAUUAUACUUCAAGGGAGCUUGGAAUGAAAAGUUUGAGGCAUCAUUCACAAAAGAGUCAGACUUCCACCUUCUUGAUGGGAGCAAAGUUCAGGCACCGUUUAUGACCAGCAAGAAGAAGCAGUUUUUAAGCGCCUAUAACGAUUUCAAAGUCUUGGGGCUUCCAUACAAACAAGGGGAAGACAAGCGGCGCUUCUCCAUGCACAUCUUUCUUCCAGAUGCCAAAGAUGGGCUGCCUGCAUUGAUUGAGAAAGUUGGUUCUGGAUCAGGGUUCUUAGAGCGACAUCUUCCCUAUGAACAAGUUGCAGUGAGUGACUUCAAACUCCCAAAGUUCAAGAUAUCUUUUGGUUUUGAAGCUUCCAAUUUACUGAAGGGUUUAGGACUGGUCUUGCCUUUCAGUGGUGAAGGAGGUUUGACAGAGAUGGUGGACUCUCCUGUGGGUCAGAACCUAUACGUAUCCAGCAUAUUCCACAAAUCCUUCAUUGAAGUAAAUGAAGAAGGUACAGAAGCAGCAGCUGCCUCUGCUGGUGUUAUAAAACUGAGGGGUAUGCCUAAAACCAUAGACUUUGUGGCUGACCACCCAUUCCUCUUCCUCAUCAAAGAAGAAAUGACUGGAACCGUGCUGUUCAUCGGGCAUGUGCUCAAUCCCCUUGCAGACUGAUAAUGAUUAUAUCCCAGUCUUGUACUGAACCGGAGAAAAUAUGUAUGUAGAUCAACACCACCAGACUCUGUAGUGUUAUAAAAUGUAUGUUGUUGAUAUGCUGUAUUUCGCUACCUGUUCUUCCAGUCUUGCUCCCCAUGUGCCGAACGUUGUUCGUUCUGCCAUGGCUUUUAUGUAUUGUAGAAUCUGUGAUCCCUAGUGCUUGAAGUUGAAUGAGAGAUUACACUAUCAGUUUCUAGUUAUAUAAACUACAUGUGUACUA